GGGCGGGGCGGCGGCAGGCCCCGCCCGAGCGGGCCCCGGAAGCGGGCGGCGCCGGCUGCGGAGCCGUUUCCUGCCCGGGACGCGAGGAGCGGCGCGGCGCCGAGCGGAGCGGAGCCAUGACUCACCAGACCGGCAUCCACGCAACCACGGAAUUAAGGGACUUUUUUGCCAAAGCCCGAAAUGGUUCCGUUCGGCUCAUCAAAGUCAUCAUUGAGGAUGAACAGCUCGUGUUGGGAGCACACAAAGAGCUGUCCCGGCGCUGGGAUGCGGACUACGACGCCUUUGUGUUGCCACUGCUGGAUGAGCAGCAGCCGUGCUACAUCCUGUACCGCCUGGACAGCCAGAACGCCCAGGGCUACGAGUGGCUCUUCAUCUCUUGGUCCCCUGACAACUCCCCGGUCAGGCUGAAGAUGCUCUACGCAGCAACCAGAGCCACAGUGAAGAAAGAGUUCGGAGGAGGGCACAUAAAGGAUGAGAUGUUUGGAACGGUUAAGGAAGACGUGUCCCUAAGCGGUUACCAAAAGCAUGUGUCGUCCUGCUCCGCCCCGGCCCCACUGACCGCAGCUGAACAGGAGCUCCAGCAGAUCCGCAUCAACGAGGUGAAGACAGAGAUCAGCGUGGAGAGCAAGCACCAGACCCUGCAAGGCCUGGCCUUCCCCCUGCAGCUGGAUGCUCAGCAAGCUAUCCAGGCACUAAAGCAGAAGAGAAUCAAUUACAUCCAGCUGAAGCUGGAUCUGGAGCGGGAAACCAUAGACCUGGUGCACACGAGCCCCACGGAGAUAGCCGACCUGCCCAAAAGGAUCCCCCAGGACUCUGCUCGCUACCAUUUCUUCCUGUACAAGCACUCUCACGAGGGGGACUACCUGGAGUCUGUCGUGUUUAUCUACUCCAUGCCUGGGUACAAAUGCAGCAUCAAGGAGCGCAUGCUCUACUCCAGCUGCAAGAGCCGGUUGCUUGACACUGUAGAGCAGGAGUUCUGCCUGGAGAUAGCGAAGAAGAUCGAGAUAGACGAUGGAGCCGAGCUGACGGCGGAGUUCCUCUAUGAUGAGGUGCACCCCAAGCAGCAUGCCUUCAAGCAGGCCUUCGCCAAGCCCAAGGGGCCUGUGGGGAAACGAGGACAGAAGCGACUUAUCAAAGGGCCAGGAGAGAACGGCGAAGACAGUUAGAUCCCAGAGGGGCAGGAGGACGGGGCAGGAACAGGGCUGUGAACAGGACAGCAUCCAAAUGGUGUUUCCCAGCUUCCACCCCUCCACUUCCAGGCCUCUCUGCUGACCUAGGGAUCUUCUCCCUCCAUCUCAGCCUUCCUUUUCCCUCCCCCUCCUCUUUUCCUUUUCUUUCCUCUUUAAAAUCAGGAUAGCCUGUUUCCAUCCUGGGGUGGAGUGGUGGGGCGGGGGGGGCAGGGAACCUGGGUGUACUUUUAUGUUUCUCUCCCGUGUCCUUGUGCAAGUCCUGGGGCAGUUGAAGGAGGACAAGAACAACAGGGAACGCUUCCCCAGCUUGUUCUAGACCCACCUGGGUAUGCGGCUGUUGCUCUCGAUGCUUCCCCCGGUUUACCUGUACCUGCACCAACUGAAGGACUUACCUGCAAGCUGCUCUAUGCAAAGGAAGGAAAUGACGUUUUGGAUUAGUUUAAUACCAGAAAAGAAAAUGCUUCUUUCCCUGCUCCCCCUUCCUGCAGACUUCUGCUCUCCACUUCCCAGUCUCUUGGUCCAAGCAGCCCCUCUAUGCAAGUCUCGUAGCUGGCCGGGCACUGUUAGGUUGCAGACAGGACUCUGUCCCUGUGCAGGGAGCUUUGUGGCUGUGGCUGGCAUUUGUGGCAGGAGAGUUUGUCCCUUUUGAGAGCCAGCCCUGUAUUUUAUCUGGAUUUGCCUUUCUGGGCAUGAAGGAAGACACCUCUCCCAUUCCCCUCUGCUUCUUGUGUAUUGGACCCUGUGGAAAUGCAAGCGGUAGCCGUUGUUUCCCAGCUGCUCCGCUCACCCUGCUUCUGCUGGCUGGCUUUGUGGCUUCCCAAGGGGAAGAAAAAGCAGGGCAGAGACUGUCACCUUCCCAAACAGAAAGGACCCAGCCUGCAGCCAUCCCAUGCUGUGCCUGUGAGCCGUUCUGGUGGUGAAGGCCUCCCCAGCGUGUCCUGUGCUGGGGCGGUUGUGAAGCCACUGCCACCAAGGCUGGUCUUCACCUCCCCUCGCUGCCCACAGCGGUCUUGGUGGGGGAGAGGCCCCCAAGCCCACCUCUGCGCUUUGCAUUUGCCCGUGCAGAAGGCUGCAUGAGAGGUGAGCUGGUAGCUCCUGGAAACUGGUGUCCCCGAGAUUGGCUCCUGUGGGCUGCUGGAUGUAACGCAGAUGCAAAAUAUCCUGGCCCUGGGCAUUAUUUUAGAGUGAAUCAGAGGGAGGCGUCACCUUUUCCCUGAGGUCUGAGGCUGUACGAGGUUCAGCCAGGCUUUGGAGCCCUCUUCUCAUGGCCACCUGCGCAGACUUUUGAAGCACAUGCAAGUGGGGCGCUGGGCAGCAGAUGGGAAGGAAGAAGGGCCAUGUCCAGCUCCGCUUCCUUUUUCUACUCCUCUCUGUUUAGGUGGAAAAGGGCAGUCCUUGCCUACAGGGGAUAGGAAGGAAGGUGGGAGGCCUUUCGUGAGCCCUGAGCAUAGCAUCUCCCCUGGAGAAAGGUUACUCUGCCUCUGGCAAUGUUUGUGUUCCCCUUUUCAGCCCCCAAGGAGCUCUGGCCCUUCCCUCGGAGGGAGCUGUUACAGCCCGGGCUCGGCCCCGUCUCCAAUGCGCGAGGCAGGUUAAGGACAGGAGCAGCGCAUUCCUCUCCUUGACCUGAUGCAAGCUCUGGGCUCACGGUUACCGUCGGGGCCCUGAGCCGAGUCCCCAGCUCCAGGUACCCCAGGCCGCCCCAUGGGCUUUGGUUUGGGGUAGCUUUCCGCCUCCCUGUCCCCGAGCAGGACUCGCCCUUCAGUUUGCUUCAGUCCCAUCCCCGAGCUUUACUGGCAGCGACCGUCUGUGCGUGUCGCGGGCUGGCUGGUAUUUGUUACGGGGUCACAGGUAGCUUUGGGGCCAGCAAGGGAAGGAAGGAGCUGGCCUAACUCUGCCCCGUCCUUUCUCGUGAGUUUUGUCCUCCCUGCGAGAAACUUCUGGUCCUAGAUAGCACUGGUGGGAUGGAAGGGGUGGCCAGAUAGGUGCCUUUCCUGAGGAACUGGGGCAGGUAGGGCUGCUUCCCAGCUCCUCCCUGCCCGCUCCAACAAGGAUUGGUUGCUUUGGUUUCUAGGAGAGAGUCUGUCCCACCUGUGGGCGUCGCGAGGGGAGCGGAUGCAGAGAUGGGGUGAGGCCUCCAGCCUGGCCUCCCCGGGCAGGAGCUGCUCUGCAGCCACCCCGGGGAGACACCGGGCCAUGGGGGCCAGCUCCCCCAAUUGCAUGGGCUCCCCCAAAUCCUUGCGUGGGGACAGCCUGGAAGCUGCCACGGCCCCCGUGUGCUGCCCGCCCCGUUCCCAGCCGGGCUCCCCUGGGGUCUCGGUGCUGCGCUCCCCUCGCCCGAGGGUGGCUGGAGAUGGGCUGCUGGGCACCAGCUGCGUCUCAAGGGAGGACAACCCUCCCCUUCCCCCCCAGGAGAUGAAAACACCAGGUCAGUGAAACCUGCCCUCCGGUCUGACUGACUCGGCGGUGAAUGUGCCGACGUUGCCUUGACCUCGCGCGGAGCAGGGCCACCGCGCGGCGUGAGCCGGCCGCGUGCUGGCGGUGGGGGUUUGAGCCUGGGGGAAGCAGAGCACACUGUACUGAACGCUGUAUUUUCUAAAGAAUAAAGUAUUUUUAAAACA